UUAGCGUUCAAGUUUGCCUUAAUUUAUCUCUUACAGGAAGUUAUUUGUAUUAAUAGACGGAAAACAACCUUUAAAUAUGGAUCAGUAUUCAAAUUAUGGGGGUCAGCAAGAUCCUUCAUCAGGAAAUUAUAAUAGUUCAUAUCAAUAUAACGAUUCCUAUAAUCAAGGUGGGUAUACAGCUCCAACCAGCUCUUCAGAUUAUUAUUAUAGCGGAAGUAAUCCCCAGACAGGAGGUAAUAACAGCAGUAGCAGUAGUUCAACCCAACAACCACCAGUAACUCCGGCUACAACUCAAGGUUAUACUUCUCAACGUAAUGAUAACUAUGAAGGAAGUGGCUAUUCCUCCGGAUAUAAUAGUUAUGGUAAUUAUCCUACUUCAACUGCGUCAGGAAGCUAUCAAACAGGUCAAAAUUCGCCAUCGGGAAGUUCUACAGCCACACCAUAUAAUUCUGCUGGUGGUAGUGGCUCAUAUAAUGGAGCAAGUAAAACAGGAUAUACUGAUCGCGGUAGUGAUUACGGUGAUUCUUCUAGUUAUGGAGGUAAUAAAAAUCCGUACGGAGAUAGUUAUAGCUAUAAACCGCGAGAAAAUAGCAGAGAAAGUGGAUACAGCGGCCCUCCAACAAAAGAAGAUUCUUAUGACAAUUAUGGAAACCGUUCCGAGAGUGGAUAUAAGGUACAAACAAUUAGCGAUACAAUUUAUAUUUCGAACCUGAGUAAGGACGUUACUGAAGAGAAAUUGGCAGAAAAAUUCGGUAGCCUUGGCAUGUUAAAAAUUGAUAGAAAGACACAAAAACCAAAAAUAUGGAUAUAUUAUGAUAAAGUAACCAGACUUCCUAAGGGAGAUGCAACAUUGACUUAUGAGGAUCCCGACUCAACAGCAGCUGCAAUAAAGUAUUUCGAUAAUCAAAAGUUCCUUGAUCAGAUCAUUAAAGUAGAAAUGUCUGUGCGAAAGGUACCAAUCUCGGGAUUUAGAGCUCGCGGCAGGAGUAGUAGAGGACGUGGAUUUUCUAGGGGCAUUCGUGGUAGCGGUAGCGGUAGCGGUGGCGGUCCUCCUCCUCGUGAUGGUGAUUGGGCAUGUGAAUCAUGCAAUGCUAAUAAUUUUGCUAGACGAAUGGAAUGUUACAAAUGCCAUGUGCCUCGUUCUAAUGCACCAGGGGAUGGCGGCUACAGCGGCGGUCGAUAUUCUGGAGCACCAAGAGGUGGGUAUAGAGGGCGUCGCGGCGGUCCUUCUUAUGGCCGUUAUGCUGAUGAUGAUAGAGGCUAUGGAAGCGGAGGUUAUCGUAAUAGCGAUAGCUCACAUGGUUAUGAUCAAGGAUAUAGAAGACAAAAUAAACAAGACGAUCGUCAAGAUCGCAGGGAAAAUUCUAGAUAUCUUCCAUACUAAGAUAUUUUGGCGAGAUUAUGAGGAUUUUUUACAGGCUUUUAUAAUCCUCAUCAUUGAAUGCAUGCUUUGUUAAUUUUUAUUUCUUUCUUACAAGUUGAAAUUGUUUGAUAAUGUUUACUAUGGUUAUUGAUUUUCGUUGGGACAAACAUUCUAUAUUAUUAUUUGUGACGAUGAGAGUAAAACUGAGACAAGAGGAAAGGACAAAAAAAAAAAAAGAAAAAAAAGA